AUGGGAAAUUGUGUAUCAUAUUCUUCUCAUUUUGAUGUUUAUAAAACUAAUAAAAAUGAAUAUUAUGAAAAUUUAAUAUGUAAUUUUAUUAAGGGGGAUAAACAUAGCCUUGUCCAGAAGGCUUUUAUUAUAUAUGAAUUUUUACGGAAAAGAUCAGAAAAUAAAGAUGAAUACUUAUAUUAUAUCACCAACAACACUCAGAGAAAAAAAGUAAAAAGCGCAUUAGUGAAUUUAGGUGAAGAUAAGGAUAUAGAUAUUUUUAAUUUUUUAUUAAAGUUAUAUAAAAAAAUGAACAAUGAUUAUUACAAAAAUAUUAACGAUUUUAAUUAUACAAAUUAUUAUAAUAUGUUUCUUCAUGAAAAUUCAAAAUUUUCAAAAUUUCCAGAGCAAAUUAAUAUAAUACAAAAAAUAUAUAAUUUUAUAAGAAUAAAAUAUAUUUUAGAAAAUAUAUGCUUACAUGUUUAUUUUGAAAAAUAUGGAAGAUACAAUAAAUCCUAUGAAAUAAACAACAAUUUUGAAAAUAAAAUAUUAAAUAAUAAUGGAUUAGUAAAAGAUAAUGAUAAAUCACUUGAAUUAUUAAACUCAAAGAAAAAUACAAUGAAUAUUAUGUCUACGGAAAGAAGGAAAAUGAUUAAAUCAAUAAGAAGCAAUUUUAAAAAAAUUGAGAAUAUAUCUACAAAUAAUAUACAACAACCAAUUGUAUUUGAUAGAUUUAAAAUGUCAAAUGAAAUAUGUUUAUAUAUUUUGAAUAAUAAUUAUAAAAUAAAAUGUAUUUUAUACAAUAUAUUUAUUGUUUUAUAUUUUCUAAAUAAAUAUUGUAAUAUGUUUACUAUAGAUGAUGAUACAAAAAAUAUAUUAAAAGGUGAAGUAAAAGAGGAAAUAAAAAAUGAGGGAUCAAAAAACAAAUGUUUAAAUAAAGAUAAAAUAAUAUACACAUUAGAACAUGCAAAUGUGUAUAUGAGUUAUUUGUUUAUUUCUUUAUGUCUAUGUUUUGAUAAAAAAUUUGAAGAAGAUAUAUUAUUUAAUCAUAAUAUUAAUUUAAAUCAGAAGAAUUUAUCUUUUUCUAAAUGUAUUAGUGAAUUUUUAGAUUUAUGUAGAAUUUCUUGUAAUAAAUCAAAUAAAUUUUCUUCUUAUGAAAUUAAAAAAAAAGAAAAAAAUAUAUAUCAGUGUUCUUUAAAAUCAAUUCAAAAUGUGGGAAUCAAUGAUAGCUUAAUAAAUUCAUAUUUUAUAUGUCAAAAUAAAUUUAUAAAAAGUAUUAUAAAUAUUGGAAACAGUAAUUAUUUUAUAAAUGAUAGUAUGAUAGUAUUUUGUUUUAUUCUUUUUGGUAAUAUAAAUUAUAUAAGUGCGAAUGCAAAUGGUAAAAAAAGAAAUGGUAACCAUUAUAAUCCCAAAUUAAUUUCGAAACUUAAUAGUAAUGAUAUGAUUGGAAGUGAAAAUAUUAUUAGGAAAAAAAAAAAGAGAAAAAGAAUAUUAAAAAAAUGGUGGAACAAAUUUCUACGAAAUAAAGAUUCGAUACGCAAUAAAAAUUACAAGAACAGUGAUGGAAAUAAUUCAAUAAAUGAUGAUAUUAUUAAUAGGAUGUAUAAUGUUGAUUUUAAUUUAAAUAACAUAGGAUUAUUCAAAAUAAAUUUAUAUAAUUUAAAUGUAGAAAGUAUGCAAAAUGGUGAUAAACAUAUUGAAAAUAGUAUUGAAUUAUAUACUAUUCAAAAACAAAAAGACGGUAGUCAUGCUUAUGUAAAAAAAGAAAUUGAUAACAAAAAUGAUAAUCAAUUAUUACAAAAUGUUAAAAAUAAUAGUGUAGAUAUAACAAAUGUUUUGCGAACGAUGAGAAACAAAGAAAUGUGUUAUAUUUUCCCUGUAAAUUGUUGUGAAAAUUUAUAUGAUAAAAUUAAAAAAAAAAACAACAGAAAAUAUGGAACAACUACAACGAGUAUGAAUGAGAAUUUUGUAGAAAAAGAAAAUAAAGAAAGACUUAUAAAAAUGAAAGAUGUAGAUAGCGAAUUUAAAAAUGAAAGUGAGUAUUCAAAUCAAAUAAAAAUAAAUUAUGCUAAAAACCAGAAAAAUGAACCCACAAAUUAUAUAAAUGAGGAAAAUGGUGAUAAUAAUGUAAAAAAUGUUAACACAAAAAAUUAUUCUCUUAAAAAAGAAAAAAAUAAAAUAAGAGAGCCAUUUUUUAUACAUAUAUAUGACACAUUUGUUUCUUUUGAAAUGGAACAACUUAUUUUAAAAUAUAAAAACUUUUGUGAUAAAGAUGAAGAAAUAGUUAAGACUAAGCCCCCAAAAUAUAAACAAGUACACAAGCAUGGAAAAAUUAAUAGUGCACUUUAUGGGGAUGAUAAAAUAUAUGAACAGAAAAAUAUAAAAAAAAAUAUAGACAACUAUGAUAAUAUAAAUUUAAAAAAAGAGAAUAAAGAAUAUUAUAAGAAUAAAAAGUGUGUUAAUAACAAACUUCACAAUAAUAUUUUAAGAGAAAUUGAAGCAAAAUUUAAAGAUGAUAUAAUCGCAAAAAAUAUAUUCAAAAAGUAUAACAAAACAUCCAAUGAGUCUGAUGUUGAUUUAUUUAUAAAUAAAAUGUAUAAUAUAAUAAAAAAAAACAGCCAUAAAAUUGAUAAUGAAAAUAGUGAUGAAAAUAAAUGUUUACCAUUUAUGAAAAAAGUUGAAUCGCUUAAGAAUGAACAAAAAGAAAAAAACUAUAAUAAUAUAAAAAAAAAUGAGAAAAGAGAAAAAUCAAAUGAUGAGCAAAAGAGAUUAGAUAAUGAAGAAAAAAAAAGCAAUAACAAUAAUAAAAAAGAAUAUCAUUUAAAUAAUGAAUUAAAAGAUAUAGAACGUGAUGAAAAUAAAAUAAACAAUAACAAAGAUAAUAUUGAUACUUUAAAAAUAUUUAUUCAACAUAAGUCAAUUGAUAAUAUAUCUUAUUUUGUAAAUAAUUCAGAUAUUGAAAUAACUUUUGAUUUGUUUAAAUUAUGUAAAAUAGAAAAGAGAAAAAAACUAAUUUUUAGUACAUAUGUAAACAGUGAACAAUCCGACAGAAAUAACAUAGACAAAGUUAAUUAUAAAAUUACAUUGGAUAAAAAUGACAAAUUAAAAUAUAUGAUUGAUUUAUUAUUUUUACAUUUAAACUAUAAUAGAUUAUAUUAUAUAUAUAUUCCUAAUAGAUUAUUAAAUGUAAGUGAUACCAAAAUUGAAAAUAAUUUCUUUCUAAAUUUAAUUUUAUGUAACGAUGAUAUUAUUAUAGAAAAUUUAUGUAUUACACCAGCUAGCGCUAACACAAAAAUUCCAAUUGAUAAAUAUAUUUGUUCAAUAUAUUUUGAUAAAAACUGUUUUAUUAAGAUAGUUUUAUUUAUGUUAGUUAAUUUAAUAAAAAUAUACAACAAUAUAAAAAAGGCACAAUAUUACUUUGAGGAAAAAUGCAAUGAAUUUAUAGCAAAUUUUUAUGAUUAUUUUAACACAAAAAUAAAUAAAUUAAACUACAAUUUUUAUAAGAAAAAAAAAAAGAAAAAGUUAUUUAUUAAAAAUGUUUUUUUUAAGAAAAAGCAUAACGUAAAGAAAUCAGAUCAUCAAAUUACAUCAAACAAUGGUUUAUGUGUGUCUUUAAAGCGUUAUUCAAAAUCCAGUGAUAAAUACAUAAGUACAGAAGAAGAUAAUAAUGUAGAUAAAAAGUCGAUAAUAAUUAAUGUAUCAUCCACUUUAAAUUCAGAUAAUUGUACAAAUAAUAUGAAUAACACAAAUAAUGUUCAUAGUAAUAAUAAUGAUGAGCAUUCUAAUAACUUUAACUGUUAUUUGAAUCAAAUAAAUAAUGAAAAAUUUUUUGAUAUUGGAUAUAAAUACAAAAAUAUAUAUAUAAAAGUAAUUGAUAUAAAAUUAUAUGAAUGUAUUGUAGAAUAUAUAGAUUAUAUAAGAGAAAAUAACAGUUAUUAUUAUUUGUGUCCAUAUAUAGUUGUUAAAAAGUUUAAGGGAGUUUGCUUUUUGUUUAUACCGGUGUGCAAAAACUUUUAUUUAAUCUUUAAUCUCUUCUUUUUCCAUUUUCUUAACUGUUCAAAUUUUUUUAAUUUUAAAAGAUGUUUUAAUAUGAGUAUUAACAAUGAAGAUAACACAAAAGUAAAUUUCAUCCUUCCGAGUACGAACAAUUUUUUGCAUAUUAACAAUUUGAUAAAAAUAUUAGGUAUUUACAAAAUAGACAGAAAUAUAUAUGUAAAAUAUAUACCACUAUAUAAAGAAGUGAUACAAACAAAUAAUAAUAAUCCAGUUCGAUAUUAUAAAUGGAAAAAAAAGCAAAUUAUUAUUGAUAUUCGAAAUUCUUUUUCUUCGCCAUAUUUUAUUCAUACCAAAAGUUUUGUCAACUUUAUUGAAAAUACCAAUUUAAACGUAACUUUAAAAAGAUUAUAUUUAAAUAAAGACGAUACAUUUUAUUUUAAAAUAGAUAAAAAAAACAGUUUUUCUGGUGAUAUAUAUUCAAAUGGAAAUAAUAUUGUUUUUAUGUUUAACUAUUAUUUUCAUAUAUAUACAUAUCAUAAUGAUGAAAAAUAUAUCGCUUCAAAUAAAGAAUUAUUUAGGUAUAAUAAAUACAUUAUUGUUCCAUAUUUUAACGAUAUAUAUAUACAUUCAGAAAAUUUACUUAAGUAUGUAAAAAUUGUCAAAUAUUUUGAAUCAAAAAGAAAUGAAUUGCGUGAUAAGACAAAUGUUAAUGACGACUCUAAAGAAAGACGCAAUAAUAGUUGUAUCAGUAUUGGUGAUGUAAUUAAAGAAGAUAAAGCUGUAAUAUUCAGAACAUUUUAUAUCCAAAAUUUGUAUGAAACAUGUGAUGACUUAUUUAUAAAUUAUUUUUAUUUAUUAUUAAAUAAUUUAGUUAUAGAAUUAGUGAAUGAAAUGAAAUUAAAUAAUUUUUUGAGCAUAUUAAAUGUUUUACAAUUAUUAAAGAAAUAUAAUAUGAGCAUUGACAUGUAUUUUUGGACUUUAUAUGAUAAUUAUAUAAAUGUCUACAAUAAAUAUUGUGCCCAUGCUCAAUUAGUUAAAUUGUUUAAUAAUACCAAUCCAAAUGAAGUACAUAAUUUUGAUUUUUUAAAAAAUAUUAAUUAUAAUUAUUGUAAUAAGAAAAAGUUUUAUAUAAAAAGGAUAGUAAUAUUUUCAGCUUGUAUAUUGAUAUCUUCUAUUUGUAAACAUAUCAUACAAUUUUUUGUGUCUAAUUUCAACUUUAACUAUGAAAUAGUAUUUAGUACAAUUUGCUUAUUCUUAUUCACAGAUCAUAAUAAUAGAAGAAAUUUAAAUGAUGAUCAUAUGUAUUUAAAUAUUCAGAAAUCGAUAUAUUUUAAUAUAUUUUUUUCCCUUAGUUAUGUUUUACAAUAUAUUCCUUUAAAUGUUCAAUAUUUAAAUUUAUAUAAAAUUAUAAACAAGGUUAAAAAAUACAAAACAAUUUUAGCUAUAUGCUUAAAUUAUAUAUGUGAAACAAAAUUGCCAUUUUAUGUCUUUUGGCAACAUCACUAUAUACCAAUAAGGUUGUUAAAAAACUUUUUUUCAUUCAACAAAAAAAUGAACAUGAUUUGUAGAGAGAAUUACGAACUAAACAACAUAGUAGAUGAUAAUAGAUUUGAAGAAAGUUAUUAUAGUGAAAGAGAUUUUAAAAUUAAUAAAAAGGAAAAUAUGAAAUGGGUUAAUGAAAAAUAUGGUUAUAAUGUUCCAAAUAACUAUUCAAAUUUGUUCAAAAAUAAAAAAAUGGUAAAGAAUGCAAUAUAUAACCAUUUUCAGGGUGAAAGUGGAAAAAAUAAAUAUUGGAAUAUUAUAUAUUAUAUUAUUAAAAUGAAUUUUAAUUCAAAUUUAAAUACAUUUGAAUUUUGUGAUUUUAAAAAUGCCCACAAUAAUAUACUAAAUUAUUUUACAAACAUAAAUAUACAGGCUCUUCAGUUAACUAAUAACAAUGAUGAUAUUUUUCAGUUAAUUUAUUUACACUUUGUUAACUUUAUAUCAAUGUGUUGGAAUGAAGAUAGUGUAUUAAAUGAUAAUAUGGCUAGUUCAGAAAAAGUUACCCCAAAUGAAAUGACAAAGAAUAACGCUGUAAAUAAUGUACUAAGUAUAUCUGCAAAAACGAGUGAAUAUUUUAAAAUGAAUAACACAUUGAUGAAAUAUUGUAGUGGGCUUAAUUUAAAUGCGCACUUUUUGUUUGCAAAUGAGUGCAAUUUUAUAGACAAUAUUGUAUUUAAUGUUUUGUUAGAAAUAUUAGAAACAUAUUAUGCCCAUUUAUUAGAUAUUUUACCGAUAUUUAAAAAAAAACACUUUAAAAUGUUACCAUAUGAUCUUAAAAUAUAUUUAAUAAAUAUAUUUUUUUAUAUAUUCAUUGCUACAGAUAAAUAUAAAAUACAUGAUAUAAACAAUGACAAAAUUUCAAAAAUACAUAAGCAUGACUUUAUGAAACAAAAAUACAACAUGCUGCAAUUUGAUAAAAAUAGUGAUAUUUUAAACAAAUCAAAAUUAAACGAUUUUUUUGUAGAAAAUGAGCAAUAUAUUUCACCUCGAAAUUAUUUUGAAAUUUUAAAAAAUAAAAAUGAUGAAUAUGGAAUAAAUAGUUAUAAUAAUAAAGACAAUAUUCAUGAAUACUGUAAUUUUGGUGAAACAGGAAAUGAAAUAGAAUUUGAAAGCGAAAAUAAAAUUCAUACUGAAUGGGAAAUUGAAACACAAUCAGGAAGUGAAACAUAUUUAGAAACAAAAAAUAAUAAAAACUUAAAAGAAGAUAUAAUUGAUAAAAAUGAAAUGUCUACACCAAAUAAAUAUAAGCAAAAUAUUAAAAUUGUUUUAUUAGAUAAUGAUUACAAUAUUUAUAUAAUUGAAUUUUUCUUUAAACUUAUUUUAAGAAUCAUUCCUUUUUUUAAAUUGAAAGAUAAACAUAAAGACCAAAAUGUUAUGCUUAAAUCAACGAUUAUUUAUAAUAUAAAAAUUAUAUUGGCUUCUUUAACAUCUUUUAAAAACAUUAUAUUAUCGAUGAAAAAUAAUUUUUAUAUGUUUAUUUAUCAUUUUUUCAUAAAAGGUUAUAUAUCAUUAAUUUUAUUAAAUGUAAAUACUGCUAUCAAAAAUUUCAAGAAAGUUUUUGCCCUUAUAAUAUUUUUUUUCGGGAAUCCUAUAGACUCUAUAAAUACACACCCAUUUCUAAUAUAUGUUACGUAUAUUUUAUAUGUAUUAACAAUAUUAUCCAAAUUAAAUCUUACAAAUUUUUUUGAAGAUGUCCAUAAAAAUGAAACAGAAAUAUUUAGUGAAGAUAUUCUUAAAAAGGUAUUCCCAUGUGAUAGUUAUUCUGCUGAUAAUAAUAGCACGGGUUGUGAUAAUACUAAACGUGAAAAUAUGAAUCAUACUAGUAUCGAUAAUAAUAGCUAUCAAAAUGACAAGACAAAAGAAAACGAUAUAGACAUCAGUGGAACACAAAAUGUAGGUGACAAUAAUAAUUAUGAAAAUCUCGAAAGUAGUAAGAAAAAGAAAAUUAAAAAAAAAUAUACUGAUGAUAAAAAAUAUAUUAACAAUGUAUGGAUGAAACAAAAAUAUGAAAUAUGGAUGUAUUUGGAAAUUAUUCGUACAAUUAAAAGGAAUCAUAUCAAAUUUAACAAUAAUAUAUACUUAGUACCUUUAAAUUACUUUUUUAUAAAUUUGAAAAAAAAAUUGAAGAAAUAUUUAGACGAAAAAGAAAAUCAUAUAUUCGAUAAAGCAUGUAAUAAUGAUGAUAAAGUAAAAGAUAAUAAUUUAAAAAAAUCUGUAGAUCCCAAUACAAUUAAAAAAAAAAAAAAUGAUGAUAAAUAUGCCACAAAGGAAAUUAGUAUAAAUAAUAGAAUAAAGGAUAAAAACAUGCUUAUAAAUAUCAAUAAUAAUUUCAUAGCACUAUAUCCAAACUGUGAAAAUGUAAACGUUCCUAAAUUAUAUAUUAAGGGUGAGAUUAACAAAUCAGUCCCAUCAAUGGAAAACAUAGACAAUUUUGAAAAAGACAUAACAUAUUAUAAUAAAAAAGUGGAUAAAGAAACGAAAAGCACAGACCAAAUUAAAUAUCAACAUGAAGAUGAAAAUAUUUGUAAAGAACAAAAAGGGCAAAAAAGGGGUAUAUCUACAUCUACAAAUUUGAAUAAUUCUGUAAAAAAUGAUAAUGUAAAAUAUAAAUACAAUAAAAUAUUAUAUGGAAGUGUUGAUAAAAAGGAUAUAUGUAAUAUAUUAUUAUAUAACAUAAUUUAUAUAAACAAAAUGAAUAGAAAAAUAAAUAAUUGUAAAUUUGCAUGCUUUAAUUUUAAAUAUUAUACAUAUAACAAAAUAAUAUCUGAUUAUAAUAAUUAUUACAAUAAAGUUAUAUUGAAAAGUUUUAAGAACAAGUUAUGCGAAAAUUAUUAUGCAUACACUUUUGGAAAUAAUGAAAAUGGGACACUUGCUAUUGGAAAACCAUCCUACUUAAAGUUAUCACCAACUAUUGGUGAAAUGGGGUAUGAAGAAAAUAAGACAAGUAUUAAAAAAGGAACAGAUUUUUGGUUUACAAAUAGUUUGCAAUUCUUAUCAAUGAAAAUAAAAAAAAUAUGUAUGAAUGGAAAUAUGAUUUCAAUAAUUGAUGAUAAACACAAUUUAUAUAUUUGUGGAAAAAAUAGCCUUAUUGAAACAAAAAAUGAGUUAUAUAUUAAAGAUAAAAAUAUGAAAUUAAAAGAUAAAAAUGCGAAUUUGUUAAAAAAUGAUGCUAUAGAAAAAAUUUCAUUUGACAAAUUCUUCACAAAUUUAAAAUUAAAAAAAAUUAAAAAGCAAAAAAGUAAUUUACUUGAUUAUAAUAGUUCAUCAGGUGAUAGUGAUGAUUUGUUAUUAGAAGAUUCUUCAAUAAAAUGUGGAACAACAGUUUGUGUAAAUCCAAAAUGUUAUUGUGACGAAUUAAAGGCCUAUUAUGAAAAUACAAAACAUAAAAACAGUAAAUAUAAAUGUACUUAUUGUGCAUCUUUAUAUGAUGGGUAUAAUAAUUUAAGUUCAUGUGAUAGUGAUAUAUGUUCAUCCUAUGAUAGCGGCAAUAGUGAUUCUACAUAUAUUAAAGUUGAUAAUUUAGAUGAAAUAAAUAAAAAUGUCAACAUAAAUCUUUUAUUAAACAAUAAUAAAGAUAAAUCAUUUUUUGUAAAAAAAAAAAAUGAUAUUUUAAAAAAAGUCUCAAUAGAUGAUUUUAAUAUAUAUAAUACAAUAUUGUACUCUUCAUCAUAUGCAAACCAAUAUUUAGCAUAUGUUUUACCUGAUCAGAAAUAUUCCAAAAAAUUCAUGAAAAAGUAUUUUAAUAAAAUUUCCAUCAAAAACUACAAACAACGAGUAUGUAGUAAAUUAGAAUCGAAAACAGCCGAAAGCAUAGAUAACCCAAAUUAUAAUAAUAAACAUAAUGAAUACAAGAAAAAUAUUAAAGAAAGUUAUAAUAAAAAUUCAUCAUUAAAAAAAGGAAAAUGUAAAAAAGUUACAAUAGACAAUAAUAUUAAUAAUAAUAAAUUCAUUUAUAAUUUUAUACACGAUAUAAAAACGAGAAUAAAAUUUGUUGACAUUUACAAUGGUUCCGAUUUUGUUAUAUCCAUAAAUAAUUUUGGACAUGUUUAUUCAUGGGGAAAUAAUAAAUAUGGAUGUUUAGGUACUGGUGAUAAUAUUAAUAGAUAUGCUCCAACAUUAAUUAAUCCUGGGCAUUUCUUUUUAUAUGAUUUUGAAAAAUUGCAAAUACAUACCAAUUACAAAACAGAAGUAAAAGUUAAAAAUCAUGAAGAAGUUAAUAACAAAUGUUCUGAUAAUAUCUUAUAUAAUUCUCUAAUUCUAGAAACGAUAAAAAAAUACAUCUAUAAUAAAAAUAAAGAUUCAAUGAAUAAUUUAAAAUCACCUAAUGAAAAAUCGAAUAAAUCUGAAGAAAAGUCUAUGAAUUCAAAUAAUUUUGUAAACACUAAUAAAUAUAAAGAUGAAGAUUUGCUUACUUUAAAAACAAACAAUCUUUAUUCUUCAAAUCAUAUGUUUAAUUUUAAGAAUCUAGAAGUUAAAAAUGUUGUUAUAAGUGUGCAUAAAAUUUACGUCCCUAUUAGUUCGAUUUUUUGUGGUGACAAUCAUGUUUGUGCAUUUUCUAAUGGAUCUAUAUUUAUGUGGGGAGAGCAAAAAUUAGGUCAAACAUCUAUUCCUUUUGAAAAUAUUUAUUUUGAUUGUUUUAAUAAAUCUGAUAUUUUAGAUAGUGAAACAAAUGAUAAUUAUAAACAAAAUAUCAGCGACAAAAGGAAUACCAAAAUAAAUAAAACACAAAGAGAUACAAUAUCAUCAUUUUCAAGUUCGUCCGAAAAUUCUAGUAUAACAGAUAAAAAUAAAUAUCUUAAAAAUUCAUUUACUAAAAACAUUGUAUUUAAAAAAAAAACAUUAAGUUCUAAUGUUGAUAAUCCGAUACAUAACGUUUUUAGUUUAACAAAUAAUGAAGUAUUUCUCAACAACAAUAAAAUACAUUUAUCUUCCAAUUUAAAUUCAAUGAAUAGCAUAAAAAGACCAAAACAUAACAACAAUUUAGUUCUCUACCCAAUUCAAGUAUGCUUAUUUAAUUUGUCUUAUAGAGUGAAAAAAGUGGAAAGAAAUUCAAACAGCAAACUUUCUAACAAGGAUACCAUUAAGAACAAAAAUGAUCUUCAAAAAUUAAUAGACUCAAAUCAUAAUUUGAAAGAUUUUGAAAAUUAUGAUAGUAAUAAUAAUAUUGAUAAGACCAUGAAAAAAAAAAUGGAAAAUGUAGAUAUGGAAAACACGAAUGUAAAAAAAACUAGUUAUAUUAGAAUAUAUGAUUACUUAGAAACAUUUAUAAAGGCAGAAAUUGUGAAUAUAUAUAUGAACCUUUUUAGAAAUGAUAUAAAUAUAUAUACAAACAUUCCUAACAAUAGUAACAUAAAUCCAUAUAUUUAUGGAAUGAAAUUUUAUGAUUACAAUUUUUACGAUAACAAUUAUACGAAUGUUCAAGAUUAUUAUGAUAUAAAAGUAAAUAAAAAAAAGUAUAAGAGUAAUAAUAAUUUAUAUUCAUCAAGUGAAAAUGAUAAGCAUAAGGACUCAAAUCGCAAAUUAAUUGAUGGAGCAAAAAAUGAAUCUUUAAAUCAUGAAAAGAAUGGUGAUAUACUUAAUGCAUCUGACCCCAAUAAAUUCAUCAAAUUAAUGAAAGAAGAUGAAAUGAUUGAUCCACAAAUUUAUGAAUACAUUGAAAAGGAAGAAACCGUAUGUAUUAAUAUAAAAUUAAUAAUUUUUUUAUUUCUUUUUAUAAAAAAAAAAUACAUGAUAAUUUUCUUGAACACUAUUUUAAUGGUAUCAAAUGUAUCUUGUGGUGAAGCAAACACUGUGAUAACAUGCUUUAAGAAAAGCAUUUAUGAUAAAUAUUAUCAAUAUAUAAUGAAAAAUAUUACUUGUAUAGACAAUUACAAACAUUUGGAAAGUGAAAAAUUGAAAUCAAAAACGAAUACAAAUUUUCCGGAACAUUCCACUUCAUUAAGCGAAACAUCUGAUAAUAUUUAUAGAAAUGAUAUAUUUGACAUUAAAAAUUACACAGGAGCGAUUAUAGGAUGGGGAGAUAAAUCCUUUGAUGAAUUUAAAGUUAUGAAUUCUACUUAUUCAUGCUCUGAUACAUCAUGUUUAUACCGCAUGAUAGAAGAAAUAUUAGCACAUUAUAUGUGCAUCUAUGUUUGUGGUAGAGACACAAACAAUAACUUAUGUUUAAAUAAUAUAAAUGAUAGUAUAUAUACGUUCACUCAGAUUAGUAAUAACUUUUUCAAUUACAAUUUUAAUAAUUUUUUAUGCAUGUACAAGUAUAAUUAUUAUCUUUAUUACAUACACCAAAACAAUGUUCACAUUAAUCAUAAUAAUGAUGUUGCCUAUAUACACAACAAUCCCCUUACGUCGUAUAAAAAUAAAUUUAACAUAUUUGUAACUCGAGAUAGUAAUAAUGGAAGUGAAGAAAAUAUACGGGAUCAAAAUAAUUUCACAAAUAAAUUUAUAAUAAUAAAAAAAAUUGUUUGUAGUAAUAUUGUAACCUGCCUACUUGAUAUACACAAUAAUAUUUAUAUAGCUGGAGACUUGAAAUAUUAUUUUCCGAAUUAUUUUCAUCAUAUAGCAUAUGGAUUAUCACCAUUUGUUAAAAUAAAUCUAAAUAACCCCAAAACUAUAAAAAAUAUAUCUAUUAGCCAAAAUAAUAUUUUUUUGAUAUAUGAUGACCACUCUGUAAAAAUAUUAGGUUAUAAUAAUUAUAUUGAUUUCUUUAAACAUCAUCAUCCUAUAUUUUUUACAAAUAAGCACAACCAAAAACAUUCAUAUAAAAGUUUAACUAUACAAAAUUUUGAUUUUUUAGUAAAAGAUGUACAAACUGGAAGCAAUUGCACUGUUUUUAUUAUGAAAAGAAAAAAAGGGAAGAAAAAUCAAAAGAAAUUAAGCAUUUAA